AUGCCCCAUCUCCGUGCAUCAUAUGGAGGACACCCAAACACAUAUGGAUGGGGAGUCAUUGCCGAAUCCGGACAGCACAAUGCCUUCUCGGGCAGCGUUGGCACAAAGUCUCCAACUUCUGAGAUGGCUCGCAGCCCAAUGGCCAUCCCAAAUGGAAAUGUCGAGGGUGCAUAUCAUCCCUCUUCCUUUAGUCGCCCAACGCAUUACCAGCACCAAUCCAUGUCGUCCUUUGGCUCUUUUACGCAUUCUUUCAGCUCUGCCUCUGCAUCGUCCUAUAUUCCCAGCUCGUCCAUGCGUAGCCGCGACGGAUUGGCAGACGAAGAGGACCCUAAGCAGAUGGAAGACAUGGACGACGAGGAUAUCUACGACUAUAGCCAUUCCGCUCGCACAUCAAGCCUUUACACCCGUCUCACGUCAGUGGCAAAGGCCCUGCCUCCAGAAUGGCUUACACGCGCGGAGGUGGACAGCACGUCAGGUUUGCCUCGAGUGGCAAAUCUGUCUCGCCCGAUCGAGCAGGAUGAGGACAUGUAUACCAUGGACAUGGAUUGA